CCCAUUCUGAAAUGAAAAAAGAAACCGGGAACUGCACCAUUCUCGAACUGGGACAGAUUCGGACAUCCUUUAACUGAUACUUCUGUCUGUGCAAGUGCUUACCCAUGCAAAUUUCUGCUUCCGUGAACUGUAUUGAUAAUAUAGCCUCUCCCAUUUCCAACAAGGAAGUCUGCAAUGGACCUUGCCCUCCCGUGCAGACCAAACCCACUUCAUUUUUCAUCAUCAGCACUUCUUGGAACCUAUCAAAAUUCCAAGUUCUUUAGGUUAACCGCAUUGCACGGACCGAAAAUUUCCCGUAAGAAAUCCAAGCUUCGAGCUUCAGCUUCGUCAAAUCCAGGUGGGACCGGCGGGUUUCCUUGGUCUGACAUUAGUCGAUCGUUUCAGAAUGGUUCGAAGAGGUUUUGGCUGAAAUUUGGCGAUGCGGUGAGGAACGAAACGGGUUUUGACUUGGAAGAUGCAAAUAGGAAGGUGGUUGAGUUUACGGAGCAAGUUAAGGAUGAAGCCAAUAAAAGUAGAGCCGAAUUGGAAAGGUUUAGGACUGAGGGGGUACCUGCGUUUGUCCAUUGGAAUCGUUGGGAACGUUGGAAGGAUCUCAAGAAUUGGGAAGCUAAACGAAUUGGUGUUCUUGUUCUUUAUGCCCUUGUUGUGGCAUUUUCUUGUAGAGGAAUAUAUGUAGCAGUUCGAGCUCCUUAUCUGAAUCGCCAAAGAAAAGAAUUAACAGAAGCUUACAUGGAAGCAUUAAUUCCAGAGCCAUCCCCCAUUAACAUUCGAAGAUUCAAGAAGGGGAUGUGGAGGAAGACAACACCCAAAGGCCUUAAAAUGAAAAAAUUCAUUGAAAGACCUGAUGGAACAGUCGUUCAUGAUAGUUCCUAUGUUGGAGAGGAUGCAUGGGAUGAUGAUCGAGAUAUGCCUGGGGAAGAUUUAAAACAAAUUAUUGAAAAUGAUAAGAGAUUAGAUAAAGAAAAGAAGAAAGAACUGACAAAGGGCUUGGAAGUUUCAGCAGGUGAAGUUCAAACUGGGGGCACAUGGCGUGAGAGACUCCAUAAAUGGAGGGAGAUCCUAGCAAAAGAACGCAUUGCAGAGCAAUUAGGUUCUGUAAAUGCAAAAUAUGUAGUUGAAUUUGACAUGAAAGAGGUUGAAAAUAGUCUUCGCAAAGAUGUGGUAGAGAAGGCCGCGGCCUCAAAGGGAACUAGAGCACUAUGGAUAUCUAAGAGAUGGUGGCGUUAUCGUCCUAAACUUCCUUACACAUAUUUUCUUGACAAACUUGAUAGUUCUGAGGUUGCAGCUGUUGUUUUUACUGAAGACUUAAAGAGAUUGUAUGUGACCAUGAAAGAAGGUUUCCCAUUGGAAUAUAUCGUUGAUAUCCCUCUUGAUCCUUAUUUAUUUGAGAUGAUCUCCAAUUCUGGAGUUGAAGUAGAUCUCCUUCAGAGGCAGCAGAUCCAUUAUUUUAUGAAGGUUUUGAUUGCAUUAUUGCCUGGAAUUCUGAUUCUUUGGCUUAUAAGGGAGUCUGUGAUGCUCUUACAUGUUACUUCCAAGCGCUUUCUAUACAAAAAGUAUAACCAGCUUUUUGAUAUGGCUUAUGCAGAAAAUUUCAUUCUGCCAGUUGGGGAUGCUGGUGACACCAAAUCUAUGUACAAGGAAGUUGUGCUAGGGGGUGAUGUUUGGGAUCUCCUUGAUGAAUUGAUGAUCUAUAUGGGAAACCCUAUGCAGUUUUAUGAAAGGGGUGUGCAGUUUGUGCGGGGUGUUCUCCUCUCUGGACCUCCAGGAACAGGAAAAACACUUUUUGCCAGAACACUUGCAAAAGAAAGUGGACUGCCUUUUGUUUUUGCAUCUGGUGCUGAGUUCACAGAUAGUGAAAAAAGUGGAGCAGCUAGGAUCAAUGAGAUGUUUGCCAUAGCCAGGAGAAAUGCUCCUUGUUUUGUAUUUGUUGAUGAAAUAGAUGCUAUUGCUGGAAGGCAUGCAAGAAAGGAUCCACGAAGAAGGGCAACAUUUGAGGCUCUGAUUGCACAGCUUGAUGGGGAGAAGGAAAAAACAGGUGUUGAUCGUCUAUCCCUCAGACAAGCUGUUAUUUUCAUCUGUGCAACAAAUAGACCGGAUGAACUAGAUCUUGAAUUUGUUCGUCCGGGACGUAUUGAUCGUCGUCUUUACAUUGGUUUGCCUGAUGCAAAGCAAAGGGUACAGAUUUUUGGGGUGCAUAGUGCAAAAAAGCAACUAGCAGAGGAUGUGGACUUUGGAAAGCUUGUCUUUCGCACAGUUGGAUUCUCCGGAGCAGAUAUAAGAAACCUUGUGAAUGAAGCAGCGAUAAUGUCUGUUAGGAAGGGUCAUUCCAAAAUAUGCCAGCAAGACAUUGUUGAUGUAUUAGAUAAACAACUGCUUGAGGGUAUGGGUGUCCUUCUCACUGAGGAAGAGCAACAGAAAAUCGAACAGAGUAUAUCUAUUGAAAAGAAGAGACUGCUUGCUGUCCAUGAAGCUGGUCAUGUUGUGUUAGCUCACUUAUUUCCUCGAUUCGAUUGGCAUGCCUUUUCACAGCUCCUUCCUGGUGGCAAGGAAACUGCAAUAUCUGUAUUCUUCCCGCGAGAAGAUAUGGUGGACCAAGGUUACACAACCUUUGGCUAUUUGAAAAUGCAAAUGGUAGUUGCUCAUGGUGGUCGUUGUGCUGAACGGGUCGUCUUUGGUGAUGACAUAACUGACGGGGGAAGAGAUGAUCUAGAAAAGAUAACAAAGAUUGCUCGGGAGAUGGUAAUCAGCCCUCAAAAUAAAAGGUUGGGGUUAAUGGCUUUGACAAAAAGGGUUGGCUUAGUUGAUCGACCAGACAAUCCAGAUGGCGAGUUGAUAAGAUAUAGGUGGGAUGACCCGCAAGUAAUUCCUGCCAACAUGACAUUAGAGGUGUCUGAGCUCUUUACUCGGGAGUUGACAAGGUACAUAGAAGAGACAGAAGAACUUGCAAUGAAAGCUUUGAGAGACAACAGGCACAUACUGGACUUGGUUGCAAAGGAGCUAUUAGAGAAGUCAAGAAUAACUGGAUUGGAGGUUGAAGAAAAAAUGAAGGACUUGUCUCCGGUAAUGUUUGAGGAUUUUGUGAAGCCGUUCCAGAUAAACUUGGAAGAGAAGGGUCCAUUGCCUCAUAAUGACAGACUUCGAUAUCAGUCACUGGACAUAUAUCCUGCUCCACUCCACAGAUGCUGACACAUUUGAAUGCCAAAAUCAUACACUUCCAACAGUUUCUGAAAGGAAAGAAGCCAUUGAAUUUGGUGAUGUGUUGGUUUCUCCAUAGAAGGCGGCAUGCCUCCCUCACUUCUUGGCAGGAAUAGGGUGUAAAGGUGAAUAUAUAAGAGCUUUGCAUAAAUUUGCUCAUAUUGCUCCCUAGAAAGCAGGUGAAAUAUUUGUGAUGUUUAUGCAAAUCAGGUACAGUAUUGAAGGCCUUGGAAAAAUUUUGUCAUUCAGAGAGCCUUGGUAGAAUUGAAAUAAGCCCAGGGGCGAACUUUCUUUUGCCAGUCUUGUGAAUCUCCAUUUUCAACAGGUCUUGUAUUUGAAAUUCUCAGUUUUCAAAUUUUGAGGGGCAAAAAAUUUGUAUUUAAUUUGAUUGCUUGAAUUCCUUCGGCAUCUAGUCGAAUCUUCUGAGAAGAAAUGAAGUUGAAUUCGUUAGCGAAGUAA